GACAAACACUAUCUCUGCGUCAUGGCUGCCGAUACGCCCGAUCAGAAUCUAUCGCAAUAUUUUUCUGUUUGCAAUGAUUUCAUACAUGCCGCCCGAUUGCGUGAAGGUAAUGUGCUCAUUCAUUGUUUAGCCGGCAUGUCGCGUUCGGUCACUGUUGCUGUGGCGUACAUAAUGACCGCCACGAACUUAACUUGGAAGGAGGCGUUGAAGGUAGUGCGCACUGGGCGGGCUGUUGCCAAUCCGAAUAUCGGUUUCCAAACACAGCUGCAAGAGUUCGAAAUGUAUCGCUUGGUGGAAGAGCGUAAGCGUUUGCGUGAGCGGUUUCCUUCGACUGCACUGGAGCAAUUGGAUCGUUCCAAGUGUUCAGCAGCAUUGGACAACUACCAAGAGUUAUUGCAAAAUAAGGAUAUAUGCGAGGGAAAUUGUGUUCGGGGCGAAAAAUGUCCAACAGGUGCGAUGAUAGUAUUGCCUUUGAAUGGUGGUGGGGAAGUUAAUGUUAUUGAGAAGGCGGGGAGCCAAGUGCCAGCAAGUGGUAACGACGAAACGGGUGCUGCGUCAAAUAAUUCGGUGGCUUAUAUGAUCUCUUUUGCAACUGAAAAUUGGAAAACUUUAAAUGUAAAUAAUAGUGGUUUGGAAAAAGGCGGCGAUGUAGAUGAUGAACCGGAUAUUGAUGCUAUUUGUGAACCGCAGGUUCAAGAAACGCAAGCAAAUAAAGCAGAUAAUGAUGAUAGCGAUACUGAAUCCGAUGAAAUAAGCUGUGAAGAUAAUCAAGUUGGCGAGCAGAUGAUGGAAAACGUUUUGUACUAUCGCCCACUGCAUGCCGAUGAAGUGCCCAAUGUAUCACCAGCACUCCGCUAGGCGAACGUUGAACAAAUGCUAUGCGAAAGAGCUAAAUUGAUGAGCUGUUAAAGACUGUCAACGAUGUUUAAAAUUUAAUUAGUGUAAUUUAAUCAUAGUAAACCGCAUAUACUGUAAAAAUUUGCUGUAAAAGCAUAUUGCGCUCGUCGCUCGCUCAAGCUAAAGCUUUUAUUAUAUUGUCGUUUAUUGCAAACUUAUUUCUUGUAUUUUCAUUUAUAUUUCACUUGCUUCUCUUUAAAUUUAUACCCGUUUUUCCACACACUUUCUUCAUGCAGGUGUCUGCAAUAUGGACCCUUCAAAAGGUCUCUUCCGUCGACGGCCAUCCACAGCUUCGACCCGUUCACGCCUUCGCGGCCAACCCUCUUCGUCCAGCGCGUCUGCGUCGCCUUCGAUAUCAGGUUCUGGCAUUAGCAACGUAAUCGCAACUAACGUCGCGCAAUCGUGUCCGACAUCGCCAAGCCACUCACAGGUUACAAGGCGUUCACUGGGCGGUCAAAAAAUACCCGAAGACGAAGAAGCGC